AUGUCAUCCCCCCUCCGCGAGCAAAUCAUCACCACAGCCAAAGCCUGGGUAAAGGCUCAUAACGACCGUGACGCCCAGGCCAUCAAGUCCCUCGCCUCCCCCGACUUCACCGCCCACUUCCAUCCUGCCUCGCUCCCUCCCCAGGGCGACAAAGACGCAGAAGGGUACGCCGCCUUCCAGGCCCAGGCCUUCCCUCUCUUCGCGACUUACCACGCCGAGCUCGUCGACACUGUGGUUGACGAGACCCAGCUCAAGGCGGUGGUCUACCUCAACAGCAACGGCACCGCGGCCGUGCCCGGUGUCACCGAGCCGUACAAGAACCAGUAUGUGCACAAGCUGACCUUGACCGAGGACGCCAAAUUGGUGAGGGUGUUUGAUUCUUUUGUUGAUAGUGCGGGGAUGUUGGGUUUUAUGGGGAAGGUAUUUGCUGCCACUGGGGGGGCGCCUGAGGGUGGGAAGUAA